UGUGGAUAUCUCGUUGGCGUGUGCUACCAUUGCUUCGACAACAUAUUAUGCAUUCUAAAUCUACACACUGCUGCUCAGUUCCGUAUUUUGCAACAUAGGUUUGCAAAUAUGUGCAACACAAACGAUCACGAAAAAUUCCACGAACAUUCGGAAAAAUCAUAUGCACUAUACAGUGCGUGCAAGUAUAAAAAGUUUAGAGUUCACGUUCAACAGCAUCAAGCGCUGAUUGAAUUCUGUACAAAACUCGAAGAGGUGUUCAAUUUUCUCGUACUUGGACAGAUGUCGCUGUUCAGCUUGUUAAUCUGCCUCGAUGGAUACUUGAUACUUAUGGAUGAUGCUCCUCGCUCAAGACGGUUUACAUUCCUCUUUCAUAUAACGGGUUGCAUGUGUCAGUUACUGAUGUUCACUUAUAGUUGUGAUUGUCUGAUACACGACAGUAUGAACGUGGCUAAUGCCGCGUACAAAAGUUUAUGGUCGCUUUUGCCAAUGGACGAACACGGGAAGAUGUUACGAAGAGACUUGAUACUAGUUAUUUUGAGGUCCAGAACACCCUGUUGCUUGACUGCUUGUGGAUUUUUUAUUGUGUCUCUGGAAACGUACACCGGAGUUUUGAGCACGACGGUGCCAUCCUAUAGCAUUUUGAAACAUUAUCUAAAAAGCGUAUAAUGUCGCAUAUUACGAAUCAAACUCUUGAAAGCAAUUUUGAAACAACAAUCGUGCAUGGUGCAACUGAUAGUUGCAAACUUGGCUUCCAAUUUGUUUAAACCAUACGAUCUUUCAAAAAUUUUUUUACAGACUCUGUGUCCAUAUGUCUACCAUUGAAGUAAGUAACAUGAUAAAUUUUAUAAUAGCUUCUAUAAAAUAU